AUGACAGUAACGUCGCAUGUUGUUCCAAGUGUUCCAUGGAUGGAUAGUUCAAUGUGUAAAGUGAAUCGAUUGACGAUAGCUGAUCGUUUACUGAUUGUAUCAACAUACACGAAAACAGUCUUAAUACUUGCUACAAUACAAAUAUUGAUCACACUUUGCGUUUUAAUGAUCUCAUCUAUAAUUAUCCACUAUAAACUAAUUAAAAAAAAUGACGUAAUACAGUUAGUUGUUGCUGUUAUAUCUGUUCUCAUCGCUUUUUUGAUAGCGCUACUUAUUGCAGUUGUGAAGAACAUCAGUGAGAAAUAUCCUCUGAACGUUGUCUUUGUGAUCCUUUAUUCUAUUCUCAUGUCUAUAGCAUUUGCAUUUUCAAAUGCCGGAUUUUCUACUCCUAUUACUCUUGGCGUAUUCGGUGUCAGCUUGGUACUCUUCACAUCUGCCUUACUGAUUGGUGCAGCAAUAAAGACACGUUUAGUGGAUCAUUCAACAGCUAUUCUAAUAUCACUUGGUGUUAUAUCGAUUGUAAUUCUGGCAGUUUCUAUUGCACUCGACGAUUUGAAACACCGGGUAUAUCAAUCAUUUGAUUCGCUUGAAUAA